GCUUGCUGGUGUUGACAAGAUGGCGUCGACCGCGGGGCUGCAGGAGCGGAUGGAGGCGCUGGAGCGCCGGGUGUUCGGGGCCGGGGCGGCCCGCGGGCCCCGCAAGGCAGCUUGAUGAAAGUUCAGGUGGCUUUGGGGAACAUCGCAAGCAAAAGAGAGAGGAUUAAAAUAUUGUACAAGAAAAUUGAAGAUUUAAUAAAAUAUCUGGAUCCUCGGUACAUUGAUCGAAUGGCUGUUCCCGAUGCCAUGAUACUGCAGUUCAUCUUAGCAGAGGAGCAGUUUAUUCUUUCCCAAGUUGCCCUUCUGGAGCAGGUGAACAACCUCCAGCCGUCCUUGGACAGUGCACACAUCAAAGCUGCUCCUGACCAUGCUGCCAAACUGCAGCAACUUGCUCAAAUCCACAUACAGCAGCAGGCAGUCACAGAGUUUAUUACAAGCAACAAGUCCAAGAUAAUGGAACACCAGAUGUAUUGACAUCUGCACGCAGACAUCAGGUCCGUGUUUGUGGCCUGCUGCACACAGUUAAAGAAAUCGUGGGGAAGAGCUACACUCCAGGAGAGAUGUAAGAGGCUGGAAUUGUAUAAUUAGACCUUUCUGUAGCUCUCUCCAUUUCCUCAC